GAGAACUCGGGCGAGAGGAGGUGGGUAGACGGGACGGGACAGCCCCGCUCACAGCGACGUCGCGGAUCGGGGUUACGGAGAGGGCGCAAAGCCCCGGUCGGAGGGAAGGAGGACCAUGAUCGGCAGCAGGUCCUGGGGCUUGGAGCGUCCGCAGCAGGACGGAGACAGCAAGAAACUCGCUUUGAAAGCCUUCCAGAAAGUUGGACUUCAUGAAGACGAUGACGUCAAGUACAUGAUGAGAGGCAGCAAGUUAAGGAAAGUCAAGUCCAGUAAAUGGAAGAAAGAUCGGCAGAUGAAGUUGCAGGAGGAUGGUCUGUCCAUCUGGUACGAGUCCAGGAAUAAGCCUCCUACGUUCUCGGUGAUGGAUAUCCGGGAGGUCCAGGAGGGACACCAGUCGGAGGUGAUGAAGAAACACGGCAGCAGUUACUCGGAGAAACGUUGCUUCACCAUCGUGUUUGCGGGCAGCCGGAGCAGCCUGGACCUGGUGGCGGCCACGGAGGAGGAAGGGAGGCGGUGGGUUCAGGGGCUGAAGAAACUGAGCAGAAGAGUGGCAGCCAUGAGCCAGCAGGACAAAAUUGAACACUUAAUUCAUCAACACCUGCACAAGGCUGAUAAAAAUAACGACAACAAGAUCAGCUUUAAGGAAAUGAAAAAUAUGCUUAAAAUGAUCAACCUGAAAGUAAAUGAUGAUUAUGUCAACUUUCUCUUUCAGCAAUGUGACAAGUCGAAGACCAGCAAACUGGAGGAGCACGAGAUCGAGGAGUUCUGCAAGCUGCUGAUGCAACGGCCAGAGCUGGAGCAGAUCUUUCAGCAUUUCUCAGGCAAGGAGGAAAGGCUGAGCAUCGAUGGGCUGGAACUCUUCUUGGAAGAACAGAAGGAGACAGUUACAAAGGAGAACUGUUUGAACAUCAUACAAAAAUACAGAGUUUAUGAUAAUGGCCAGAUAAACCAGGCCUUGACCCUAGAUGGCUUCAUGAUGUACCUGCUGUCUCCUGAGGGGAACAUUUUUAACCCUGACCAUGACCGAGUCUACCAGGACAUGAGCCAGCCUCUCAGCCACUACUUCAUCUCAACCUCCCAUAACACCUACCUGAUGGAGGACCAGCUGGGAGGACCAAGCAGUACUGAGGCGUACAUCAGAGCUCUUCUGCGGGGCUGUCGCUGUGUGGAGUUGGACUGCUGGGAGGGGCCAAAUGGAGAGCCAAUCAUCUACCACGGAUACACCCUCACCUCAAAAAUCCUCUUCAAGGACGUCAUCACAACGAUCCGGGACUACGCCUUCACGGUCUCCCCAUACCCGGUCAUCCUCUCCCUGGAGAACCACUGCGGCAAAGAGCAGCAGACGGUCAUGGCCCGGCACUUGAAGGGAAUUCUCAGUGACAUGCUGGUUACGGCCACGAUCGAUGGGAAAGUCCCAAAGGAGCUUCCGUCGCCCGAGGAGCUCAAGCAGAAGAUUCUAAUAAAGGGGAAGAAACUGAGGAUCUCUGGGCCCGCUGCAGUGCAGCAGGAGGAAGCAGGAGAUGAUUGUGAAGAAGAGAAUGUGAAAAAUGAAAAGAAGAACAAAAAGAAACUCACAAAGGAGCUAUCGGAUCUGGUGAUUUAUUGUCAGAGUACCCAUUUCCAGAGCUUUGAGCAGACCUGGAGCAGGCAGGCUCCUCACGAGACAUCCUCCUUCUCUGAAACCAAGGCCAAGAGGUUGAUUGCUGAAAAUGGGUUCAGUUUUGUUGCCCACAACACCCUGCAGCUUUCCAAGGUUUACCCGCUGGGUUCCCGAGUCGAUUCGUCCAACUUCAACCCUCAGGAGAUGUGGAAUGGCGGCUGUCAACUGGUGGCCCUGAAUUUCCAGAAAGCCGGAGUGGAGAUGGAUCUGAAUAAAGGGAAGUUUCGACAGAACGGUCGGUCGGGUUACAUCCUGAAGCCCAGUUUCAUGAGGAACAGGAACAUUCAGUUUGACCCUUCACGGCCCAUGGAAGGGUCAGGCCUCAACAGGAAGCAACUGAUCAUUGAUGUUAUUACAGCUCAGCAACUCCCUAAAGUGAAUAAGGACAAAAAGAACUCCAUUGUGGACCCCCUGGUGCGUGUGGAAGUGCAUGGUGUGCCUGAAGAUAAUGCUACAAAAAAGACAAGGCACAUUGAAAAUAACGGUUUUAACCCGGUGUGGAAUGAAGCGCUCCGGUUUACAAUCAACGUUCCCGAGUUGGCGUUGAUCCGCUUCCUGGUUGAGGAUUACGACUCAUCGUCCAGCAACGAUUUCAUUGGGCAGUUCACCCUCCCGUUCACCAGCAUGAAAGAAGGUUACCGUCACAUCCACCUGCUGGCCAGGGACUCGGCACCCCUCUCUCCUGCCACUCUCUUUGUCCGGGUCAGGAUUAGGAGCAUGUAGUGUGGACCAAGCUGACAACUGGACUGAAUAAACUGAUUCAGUUCUCCCAGGAGCUGGGCAACUAGAAUCAAAAUGAUGGGACCUUCCAACAAUGUAUAUACAGAGAUAGAGUCGGUUAUCGUAA